ACAAUUUAUAACUGUUAUUAUAUUUUUGUUCUUCUAGUUGUCAAGGAACAUCUUUAUUCUUCACGAUGUUAGAAGGACUUGUCGCCUGGGUACUAAAUAAUUAUCUGGGAAAAUAUGUAGAAAAUUUAAAUACUGAUCAAUUAAGCAUCGCUUUAUUGUCUGGUGAAGUAGAACUGGAAAAUCUGCCAUUGAAGAAAGAAGCUUUGCACCAUAUAGGUUUACCCAUUGAAAUAAAAGCAGGGUUUAUUGGUAAAAUAAGGUUACAAGUACCUGUUCGUCAAAUAAGAACAGCCUCAUGGAUCAUAGUGAUAGAGCAGCUUUAUUUAGUAGCUGGACCAAUUAAUUUAGAUGAGUUUGAUAAUGAAGCAGAGGAACAAGCUAUUUUAGAAUAUAAGUUGAGUCGAUUAAAUUCAUUGGAAGCAAGAUGGAGAACACUCACAGAACAAGAUCUUGGUUAUUAUGCUACCAGUUACAGUUCUUGGAUGAAUUAUGGUACCUCAUUGAUCACAAAUAUUAUUGAAAAUUUACAGCUAAAUAUUAAAGAUGUUCACAUAAGAUAUGAAGAUGGCGUGACAUUACAAGAUGAUACUGGCAUUGCACUGGGUGUAACUAUAGGAGCCUUAACUGCACAAAGCUGUGAUUCUAGUUGGAUACCUGGUUCUGUUUUUUGGAAUCUUCCUGAUACAUCUUUUAAACUCAUGGAACUUAAUAGACUUUCCAUUUAUUGGAAUCAUCUGAGAAAAGAUGAGUUUCUUGGUUCCCUCAAUCUUGGCGAUUUAGCUAUUGCCAUGGGUGAACCAAAAAAUAUAAUUAAAAACUAUAUUUUAUUACCUGUUAAUGCAAGAACACACAUUAAGAGAGACAGAUCUGAACGACCAUUGAGAUCGACGAGUAAACCUAGAAUGGUUGUUGAUCUCUUAUUAGAUGAUGUUCCAUUAUGUCUUACAGAUGUACAAUAUGAUCAAAUAGUUAAAUGUAUAAAAGGCUUGAAAGAUAUAGAACGUCGUAAGCAACAAAGACGCUGUCGUCCAAUGGUUAAUGUAUCCACAGCACCAAAAGAAUGGUGGAAAUAUGCAGUCAGGUGUCAUAUUGGCAAAAAUGCAUUGAAACCUAAACCAUCUUGGAAGGAUGUUCUUCAAAGAGGAAAAGAAAAUAUUUUAUAUGUAGAGAAUUAUGCUAAAUUACUAGGAACACCAACUAGUGUUUUAUCUUCAGAUAUGAAAUUGUUAAAAGAGAAGAUAGAACAAGAGCGAAGUUUUGAUGAAUUAAGAGUACUGAGAGAAAUAGCAAUGCAUAAAGUCAAGCCACCAAAAAUGGUUCAGAAUUCCAAUAUAAAUGUACCUCAACCUAGAGGAAUGUUGGAACAGUGGUUUCCACAAUGGUGGGGUUGGUAUUCAAAGACAUCAAAUACAAACACUCAGAAUACAUCAUCUACAUUUGAUGGAGAACUUUUAGAUGUUUUAGCAGAUACUAUAGAUGAUGAUACUUUACUACAUCGAGAUACAGUGUUCGGGCAAUUUAAUUUUACUUUAUCAAAAGGUACUUUUUCUCUCUGCAUAACGAAGGAUGAUGGCGAGAACACCAAGCCAGUAAUAGAGUUACAAUUUGAACGAGUAAACUUGAGUUACGAUUCAAGACCUAGAUACAGGUCUCACAAGUUUUUCAUUAGCUUGGGAGCUUUGUAUUUGCAUGAUUAUCUCACAGAGAAUUCCAAAUUCCCUAUUUUGGUACAGCCUCAAAUAAUUCCCACGUUCUUUCCGAAACGUAGUUUUACGGAAAAAUCAACCAAUGAAUUACCCCAAUAUCUCUUUGAAAUGACUUACGAAAAAAGACCAUUACAUUUAAAUGCUGAUCAUUGGCUGCAAGUAAACUCCAAAUCCUUGGAUAUAGUUUACAAUCCUGAAGUGAUGCAUUGGUUAAUAGACUUUAUGUAUAAGCCAUAUAGAUCAUCCAAUCAAAAAUUUGAAGCAAUGAAACAUAGAACUCGAAGACAACUCAUUAAAAAUUGGGAACAGAUUUUAGAUGGAGACCUGGUAUAUCAUUCCUCUUGGGAUUUGCAGUUUAAUAUAUCUGCACCACAGAUUUUACUAGUUGAGAAUUUUACUAAUUCUAAUGCUGCUGUAGUAGUAGUAGACUUUGGGAAACUCCAUUUAUCGAAUGGUGUGCAAAAUAAUGAAAUAAUCAUAAAAUCGAACUCUCCUGAACUUAAUAGUGAUGAUGAAGAUGAAAGAUUUGAGACACCUUGUUCCACACCACCUGGGAGUCAAGAAAAUGGCUCUGUGCAAGACUUUCAGACUAUAUCUGAGACAGCAUUACAUCAAAAGCUAUAUGACCAUUAUUCUAUUGAUUUGGUAGAUCUACAGAUCCUUGUAGGCAAGGUGAAAGAUAACUGGAAACAUGUACGAAGUAGGGGGAUGUCCAGCUUGCAUGUUUUAGAACGCUUCAACAUAUCUUUACAAAUUGAACGAAGAGUAUUUGCCUCAUCUGAUCCAAAUUUGCCUUCUGUCACUGUAUCUGGAAAUUUACCAAGACUUGUGGUUCAUGUUAAUGAACAGAAGGUGGAAGCAAUUAGACUGAUGUAUAGUUUAUUGUCUAGUUUUUCAAAGUCGACUGGAAUUUCACAGACUGAUUUGAUUAAUACAGAAUCAGUAAGUCCUAAGAAAGAAGAGAAUUCAGACAAAUUUUUGAGCCAUGUAAUAAUGGUUCAAUUUAUCAUCGACCAGAUGACCUUUGAAUUACAGUCUAGAGGUCGCAGUGUGGCAGAGCUGCAGGUGUCUGGAGUCCGUGCUGCCUUUAGCAAAAGAACUGCAGAUGUUAGUAUCUCUCUGUCUGUCCAUGGUCUACUUCUUGUAGAUGCUCUUCAAGAAUUUGGUCCUGACUUUGAAUUAUUAGUAGCAAGUCACAAACAUGUAGGAAUGGAUAGUAUUUCUGGAAGCUUGAGAGAUUCAGAACCAAUAUCGCCUGUGUUUCCAGAUUCUCCCUUGUCACCAGUCUCUCCUGGUUCUCCUGAUUCCAAUAUGUCAAGAAGAUUAACUUCUCCAACUGCUUUAACUAAUGCUUUGUCCAAUCUAGCAAGUAAAGCAAAAAGUUCCCAAUCCCCUAGGAAUAAUUCUAUAAUUGAAUUGGAAAAAUUAGAUUCUGAAGCUCUGAUUGUAGUUGAAUUGACAUUGGUAUAUGAUACAUUAGAGACUCUAAGGGUAGCUAAUAUUCAGUUCAACAAUUUAGAUAUUAUUGCCAAUCAAGAAACUAUAGUAGAACUUAUGGGUUUCUUUAAAAGGAUAUUCCCGUCUCGCAAGUUAAAGUCAGGGUAUAUUGAGAGGCAGGAAUCUUUAUCAAAUCAAACGAUAGAGUCAAAAGUGUCCACCAGGACAGAAAUAACAUUUGAUUUUCAUAGACUGAACGUACUUCUUCUAAGGGCAGUGAUGCAGGAUAAUCGUUUAGUGGGUCAAAAGAUCGCUACAGCUACGAUGUGUGACGCUCGAAUACAAGCCACCUUGGCAAUAGAUACUUUUAUUUCUGGCUCGCUUGGAGGUUUGCAAAUUCUAGAUCAAACACCAACUGGUAAAACGCACCAAAGAAUCGUCAGUGUGGGAAGAGAUCCAAUAGCUGAUCCACUUCAAAAUCCAUUAGAACAUUUUUCAGAUUUGUCCAAUCAAUUGGAAGCUUUACGAUUCUCAGCCAAUCGAUAUAACAAACCUUGCACUCAACAGCAGGAUGCAGUAGAGACCUUGAUAGAUUUAACCAUUCGUAUAGGGAGUGUUUGGUAUACGCAUGCUCCACAUUUAUUUUCAGAACUACGUUCUUGCGCUGAUGAGUUUAAACAGUAUUUAAGCAAACUUGCGCGACAAAUUAGUGCAGCUGCUACUGAUAUGGCUAGAGGCUUAGUGAAUGCAGAGGACUGGUCUAUUCCACCCCGUAGACGAUUACCAAGUCUGUCUGUUGACUUGGAAAAUUCAGGAAGCCUAGCUUUAAAACUGGAUAUUUUAUUAGAUAGCCCUGUUUUGGUAAUUCCACGUUCGUCUCAUAGUAGACAAGUUUUUGUUGCACAUCUUGGUACUAUGUCCUUGCAACAUGAACCCCACUCAGGUACUAUGGCAAAACAUAAAGUAACUUUGGAAGUUAGAGAAAUGAAUUUGUAUUCUUUGGAAAUAUCAGCCAAUGUUGGACAAAUUCACAGUAAUCUCCCUUUAAGAGCUGAAGAAAUUUACUGCUGUAAAGAGUCAGGCAAGCCAAUUCUGCAUGAUACUAUGUUAAAAGUUGUGGUUGAAAAGGAAAACAUAUUAGCACAAAGCCCGAAUUUUUUCCUUGAUAAUGAGUUUUCUAGCAACCCUAUUGUUCAAGUCCAUGGAGUUGUAAUGACACCAUUGAAAGUAUCUCUAUCUCGAGGACAAUAUGAACAGUUGUUAGACACUAUAAACAGACUUUUGUCCAUGCCAGUAUCUGUACCAGUUGCUCAGAAAUCUCAAGCAAUGAGCAAACUAUCAAAUUAUUCUGAUAAACUUGACCUCUCCAUCAAAGUAUUAUUUGAACUACCUACCCUAGGUAUAGAACUGAAACAAGGUCACAUAGAACAACCUCUAGUUGAAUUAUCUAUGAGAGAUUUUGUAGCAAAAUAUGAAAAGUUACAAAAAAACGAAUCCUCUAUUCAAGUUGCUUUACGAUCUCUUCUUAUGGAAGAUCUUUUGUGUCCUAUUGGCUCGAGACAUAGAUGUAUGAUGCAAUCUUCUGCACCGACUCGUGCCAGGCUUCCAGCUGGUGUUUCUAAGUCCUGUCCUAAUUUUGCGUUUAUACAACAAAUUAGGAGUGAGUUUGGACGGGGAAGUUUACCCGACAGACUGGAAACUGACACUUUAUAUGGAACAAUUCCACCUCAUUGGCGUAGAAAGCCAGUUUCCUUGACAAACACUCCAAAUACUCCACCUCCAUCACCUGGUGCAUCUACUAGUGAAGAGAAUUUAGUGUUGAUGAGUAUUACCAUAACAGAACCAGAUUGUGAUCAACCAGCAGUGACACAGUCUCAUCAAAAAAGCGUUACUGUGGACUUCAAUUGUUUAGAUUUAGUCAUUAGUGUUGAAUCCUGGAUGGUUGUAUUUGAUUUCUUUGGGUUUGGUGGUCCAUCAGGAAUUAAUCCUAAAGUUACCAUGCACCAAACUUCCAUUGACAUAGAUCAAUUAGACAAAGUGGAUAAUCUGCCUUUACGAUCAGAAACUGAAAUAGAAGUGAGAUCUUUGACAUUGGUACUAAUACAAUCUGAACGGGAAAUUGCUAAAGCCAAUGUAUCCAAUGCCAACAUGCAUAUUUUAAAAACAAAUGGAAAAACAAAAGUAACAGGAUCCUUAGGAUCAAUGUCUUUACUUGACUUAACACCACAUGGAAGAUUUUAUAGAGAAAGAUUUCUUUCAUCUGGGAGAAAAGCUCUGAAUUUUCAAUAUUCUAGUUACUUGGAUUUCGAGAAACGACCUUAUGACGCACAGUUAAAACUAGAAAUGUCUGCAGUUCACUAUGUACAUACUCAGAGAUUCGUGGCAGAACUUGGGGCAUUUUUUGGUCAUUUCUCACAACUUUGGACCAUCAUGGCUAAUUUAAGAGCUGGAGUUGGGGCUAUAAUCGAUAUUAACAAAAGAAGCAUGAGAUUGUCCUUAGAAUUAGAAGCAGGUGCUCCAGUGAUCCUGUUACCAGUCAGCUCCAGAUCAGAUGAAAUGAUAUUACUUGAUCUGGGGGAGCUUACUGCUCAUAAUCGAUUUGAAACUUCAAAAACGGUAGAUAAAUGCAUGCUAGAUAUAAUGUUUCUUGAAUUAGUUAAUAUGGACGUCUAUGCAGCUAAACGAGUGAAGUGUGACAACAAGAAUAACAAUAUCGAUACGUUGGUUGUUGGUGGCUUUCAUAUUAAGAAACUUGGGUCAUCUUUACUUACUGAAAUGUGCCAUUUGAAAUUACGCAUUGAAAGAAACCUGGAUACUUACAUUAGUAGAGAAAUUCCUGAUUUGAGUAUUCAUGGAACACUGUCUACAAUGGAUUGCGCUUUAGAUCCUGCUCAGUAUAUGCUAAUUCGUGGUUUGCUUUCUUACAAUAUUGGAGAAAAUCUGGAUGAUUUGCGUCAAUUUAUGCAAGAUUUACAUCAAACUGUUGAAUAUUCUAUAGCAAAUGUGGCUAACAGGGAGAAAAUUUGGAAAAAAUCUUGCAUAACUUUAGAAUUGGUAAAUGUUACUGUUAAGUUACAUCCAAAUCAUAAUAUUGCAGCUCUGGCUUGUAUUAAUUUCAUAAAAUCCAGAUUAACAUUGGAUUCAUUGAGUGAUGGAUCACAGGAUAUUGACUUAGUAUCCCAGGAAAUACUAAUUAUGGAUAUGAGGUUUCAGAAUGAACCUGUUAGUAAACAAUCUAACGUUUUCACAAGUAUUUUACAACCUCUAAGGAAUUCCAAUAAUGAAAAUCGUGUUCAGGCAGAAGUGCACCAUAGAAGACGUAAAAGAAAUGCAGCCACAACUAUACUGGUACAUAGUAUGCGCUUAACCGCUAUUCUAGAUUGGUGGGAGGCUGUGAGAGACUUUUUGAUGUUAAAUUCUGUAGAACCAGAACCUAUUCUUGGUAUUGCACAAGCUACUACCGACAACAACCAAGAAAAUGGCAGUAACACUUUAACUUCAAUACCAUUUGAGUUAAAAAUCAAUAUUACUGAUUCAGAAUUAGUUAUUGUAGAGGAUACAUCAAUUCAUGACACGAAUGCUGUUAUUCUGAAAAAUACAGCUGUUCUUUCUUAUAGGUCUGCACCUCAAGAAGGUGAAAAGCCUCUUUCUUGUAAUCUGUCCCAUUGUGAAUUGUUUUCCUGUAUCUUAGGAUUAGAAGAGGAAACUGCAUUGUCUAUAAUAGAUCCUGUUGGAGCCAGUUUGGAUUUAACAUUAGAUAAAUGUCUUGAAAUACAGCUACAACCGUUGUGUGUGAGAUUGAGUUAUCAUGAUGUGACUAUGUUUUCUAGAAUGCUUAGCUCUUUACCAAAACAAACUUUGAUAGCUAAACAACGUUCCAGUGAAGCAUUAACACCUAUUGAAAAACAGGUACAAAAGUUAACGGCUUUGGGAUUUACUGAUGCUGAUUGCAGAGCUGCUUUGAAUUUCUGUAAUGAUCAACUGGAUGAAGCAGCUUUAUGGUUAACACAAAAUGCAGUGCCUAAUUCAGAUACCAGUAUGGAUAAUGAAUCUGUUUUCCACACUAUUGAAUUACAAACAUCUUGUAUAAGAAUAUGUAUUAUAGACGAUUGCAGAGAUGCUGAUGUACCAUUGCUAGAAAUUUCUUUACUAGAUCUUAAUUUAAGACAAGAACAUGUGGGACCUGGUAUAGUAUCUACUACUUUCAGUAUUGAUUAUUAUAAUAGAGUCCUCAGUGGCUGGGAACCCUUUAUCGAACCCUGGCAUGCAACUGUCAAAUGGGAACAGACAUUAACUAAUUCUCUCAAUGCAAAGAGGUUGCAAAUGUCUAUUGACUCUCAAGAUUCUGUCAAUGUCAAUAUAACUUCAACGCUGAUAGAGUUGAUAGAAUUAGUUAAGAACAAUUGGAUGCAAGAUUUUUAUUUAACUUCCAGUAAAGAUAUAAAUGUGAAUAAAGGAAGCAACUGUCAGGCAUAUCGACGUAGAAUGCCUUUCAUUCCCUUCGCAUUAAGAAAUGAAACUGGUUGUAAAUUAUGGUUCAAAACAAUUAUUGCUACUACGGAUGAUACAAAGAAUGUGGGACAGAAUUUCAAAGUCAAGAGUGACUUUGAGAAAGAUGAUACAUGGCUUGAAGUUUCUCCAGGUGAUAUUGUUCCAUUUACUUUUGAAGGAAGAGGUAAAUUGAGACACCAUGCUACACACACUGUCAGGAGACAUCAAAUUACAGUGCUAGUGGAUGGGUGGAGACCAGUAGAUCCUGUCACAGUUGAUCGUGUUGGAAUAUAUUUUCGUCAUGCGAAUACAAAUAUCACUGGUGUACAAAUAGAUACUACACUGAUGAUAGCGCCAAAGGCUAGAAUAGUAUUCGCUGUUGAAUUAGAAGGGUCAGCUAGAAAAUUAGUAACCGUUAGGUCAGCUUUACAGAUAUCCAAUAAAUUAAAGCAUACAGUCGAGAUCAAGAUGGAGAAAUCCCUAAAUCAGUUUGGAUAUCUGCCUUUAACAUUGUCUGUUAGUGACAGAAUUCUUCAAGUACCUGCCCAAUCUACGAUAUCGGUUCCCCUAACGCAUACCGGUGUGCAAAUGUGUCUGAAACCUAUUAAUUUGAACAGUUUGUUUCAAUACUGUACAGAGAUGAUAGAUUGGACAACAGUGAAGAAACCAUUAGAAGUUAUAGAGAACCGUGUUACAUGUAGAGCUAAUCAUAACAAUAUAUUUAGAAUGUGCAUAGCAGUGAUGAGAGAUAAUUAUCCAUUGGACAUAAGUCAAAUGCUGCCAGCACAUAUCAUAACAGUGAUGGCUCCUCUUACAUUAACUAAUCUAUUACCACAUGAAUUAUUAUUCGAAAUUAAUACUGAGAAUGGUAGGAUUCAACCUGGUGGUAGUGCGGAUUUGCAUUCCGUAGACGUCGAAGAGCAAUUAGAAAUUACUGUGCAACUGGAUGGUUAUCCUGGAUCAGGAACAAUCUUAUUACCACCAAAUAUCAAUUCUUUCACUACUCGUCUAAGGUUAAUGGAUUCUUCUGGAAGAAUAUUAUAUCUACAUGCAGCCGUUAGCAUAGAAAAAGGCUCUGCCAUACAAAUUAAUAUUACUGCACCAUACUGGAUCAUAAAUAAAACUGGUUUGCCAUUGGUAUUUAGACAAGAAGGGGUUGGAAUGGAAGCAGCUGGGCAAUUUGAAGAAAAUGAAAAAGCCAGGAUGGUAGCUCCUUUGUUAUUUUCUUUUAGCGAUGAGGAAGCAAGCAGAACACUCUCAGUGAGAGUUGGUACUUUAGUACAUCCUCAAGGAAUUCCACAAUGGUCCCAACAUUUUCAUUUACAGCCUGGUAUACAGGUACAUCGCCUUAGAAUAUCUCUCCGUGAUGGUAGACCUGAUAUAGUUUAUCUAAUUAGUGUCGCUACUAGGACAGCCAGAGGAAAAUAUAGAGCCACAACUGUAGUUACAAUAUCUCCCAGAUAUCAGCUGCACAAUAAAUCGAGUUGCACACUGGAACUAGCACAAAAGUGUUUUACUACAACAAUUAGUCAUCCAGAUGCUCAAGCAACAUAUAUCAAAAUUAUGCCUGAUUGCCAUAUGCCAUUUCAUUGGCCACGUCUUGAUAAAGAUUUACUACUAUGUGUUCGCAUUAUAAAUGUUAAAAACUGCAUGUGGUCAGGUGGUAUUAGAUUAGAUGAUAAUUAUUCAUUGACAAUUAACAUCAGAGAUACAACAGAAAAGAUGUAUUUUCUUCGAAUAGAUGUAGUCCUGCAAGAGAGUACAUAUUUCAUAGUGUUUACUGAUGCAGACACUAUGCCUCCACCUAUAAGGGUGGAUAACUUUUCAGAGGUGCCUUUGGUAGUAAAUCAGGUUACUGUUCAUGAUAAUUUGCAAUGGACAGUCAGACCACACUCCUCUGUACCAUAUGCAUUAGAUGAACCCAUACAAUCUGCUGGUUUAGUUGUAACUGCACCAGGAGGUGUAACAGCCACAUAUGACUUAAAUAUACUUGGAGAAGGCAGAGUUUUAACUUAUGAGAACUUUAUUUAUAUUGCCUUCACAGGUACUUUUAAAACUGAUUGCGAUCUGGGAACAGGAGAAGCUGGGCUAGAUCCUCUAGAUGUUGAAACACAGAGAUUAGUCUUAGAAGCUGGCCCUGGUGGCUGGGUUGCUCUAAGGAGAAAACAAUAUGGAGCUAGAUCUCAGUUAUGGAGGAUGACUGCAGAUGGUCAGUUACAGCAUGAAGGAUCUAGUCCACCCAGAGACAAGCAUUCAAAAACUCCCGAGACAGUGUUAGUGUUAGAUAUUGCUGGUACAGCACCUCAACCAUUCACAUACUGUGCUCUUGCUUUAAGGAAACCUGAUCCUCGAAGAAGAUCUACACAAACCUGGCAAUUCACUGAUGAUGGACGUUUAUGUUGUGCUCAUAAGAAUAUGUGUGUGCAAUCAAAAGAUGGAUUCAUGGGAUUAUACGAAGGAAGUGAAGCAGUGUUAGGCCCCCAAACACACAUUAAUCCUGCACCAAUAGAACAGCGUGUUGGUAGACAAAAGUUAAGACCGGGAUCUGGCUUUCUAUCUGUUACGGUUAUUACUGAUGGUCCAACAAGAGUGCUUCAAGUAUUAGACAUUAAAGAAAGGAGAAAAACAUUUGCUUUGUUAGAAGAACGUGAUUGGUCACAUAUUGCAGUUUCCCACCGACCAACUCAAAUAAAUAGUGAUACAGGAAAGAUUAAUUCCAGAGAAUUGGAAUUAAAAGUUAACUUGACAGCUGGCUUAGGACUGUCAAUUAUUUCUCGGAGACCAGUUGAAGAACUACUAUUUGCUCGUUUAGCUGGUAUCUCUUUGGAAGUAGUUCAAACUCCUAUCAAUACUACUUUAGAUUUGAGUGUAGAAGACAUACAAAUUGAUAAUCAACUGUUCGAAGCACAAUGUACUUCUGUUCUUUACGUGACACGAUCGACUAGAGCCGAAAAUGAGCACAGACCAGCUAUAUAUGUAGUUGCAGAGAAGCUGAAAUCCAAAAACCAAAAUGCAGAAAUAUAUAAACACGUAGUAGUGAGCAUUAAACCACUUUGUAUACAUUUAGAAGAAAAAUUAAUAUUGAAAUUGGUUGCCUUUGUCGGGGCAGGAAGAUCAGAGCUGGAUGUGCCUGUGGAUGAAAAUGACUUUAAAGCUCAGAGAUUUAUCUCCGAAGUAUCUGCUGCACAUGCCAAACGAUACUAUUUUGGUGCUCUAAAGAUUGUUCCUAAUCAGAUAAAAUUAAGCGUACUCACUACAACAAAACUGCCACGUCAUCUUCAAGCCAUAAAAAGACAAUUAGGCUUAACGUUAAUCAAGUUUGAAGAUGCCACUAUUGAACUGGAGCCAUUCAUUAAGAAGCAUCCCUUUGAAAGCACUCAGUUCUUAGUACAUUCCAUUAUAAAACACUAUAAAGAUGAAUUAAAAUGGCAAGCUGCAGUAAUAUUAGGAUCUGUGGACUUUCUAGGCAACCCUCUUGGAUUUGUAAAUGAUGUCACAGAAGGAGUAUCUGGUUUAAUCUAUGAAGGAAGUGUAAAGACUUUAGUGAAAAAUGUCACGCACGGCAUAUCAAACUCUGCUGCUAAGGUAACAGAAUCUCUUUCUGAUGGAUUAGGAAGAGUUAUAAUGGAUGAAAGGCACGAGGAAGCUAGACAGAAAAUUCGUGCUAAUACUGCAGGCAGUAGUGAUCAUCUAGUAGCUGGAUUAAAAGGUUUUGGCUUUGGAUUGCUUGGAGGAGUGACUAGUAUCUUUAAACAAACCUAUGAUGGAGCAGCUAAUGAGGGAUUUCCUGGCUUUUUUGCUGGGUUUGGUAAAGGAGUGGUUGGAACUAUUACAAAACCUGUAGUAGGAGUUCUAGAUCUUGCUACAGAAACUGCUACUGCUGUAAGAGAAACCAGUAGAAGUGCUCAUCGUACGAUACCAAAACGUGAUAGACCUCCUCGUGUGGCUAGCGGCUCUGCUGGUCUGUUACCACCCUAUAAUCGUCAACAAGCAGAAGGCCAGGAAUUUCUUUACAUAAUAAAUGAGCAUAAGUAUUCAGAAUUAUUUGUAGCAUAUGAGUGUUUACGUAGCGGGACAGAAAAUCUAAGAGUCCUCGUUUCUAACGAAAGAAUCCGCGUGAUUUCUGGUGGUACUAAAGGAGUUGUGACUGAAGUCAGUUUGGCAGACUUGUUAUAUUGUCAACCAACGCAUAAGUUGGAAAGUAAUGGCGACACAUUAUACUAUAUCGAAUUAAUAUCUAGAUUAGAUUCAACGAUAGCUAUUAAUGUGGAUGGCACGGAACUUUUAAGAAGACCUAAAGUUCGAUGUGAUAAUGAAGAAGUGGCGAAAAGGGUUUCACAGCAAAUUAAUUAUGCUAAAGGAAUGCACGAGGAACGUAACUUGACUCUUUCCUCAUCGGAUAAUAUGUUAGACGAUGUACAGUACUAUAAGUAA